AUGGCUGUCCCUGUCCUUACGCAGUAUGACUGGAUCAUCGCCGUAAUCACCCUCGCCUUCUGCGGCAGCUCCAUUGGUAAUGGUGCAAACGAUGUCGCCAACUCCUAUGCCACCUCUGUGGCGGCCAGAACCUUGACCAUGCCCCAGGUCGGCUUCCUCUCCAUGUGUACAGAGUUCUUCGGUGCAGUCGUUCUCGGCUCCAAAGUCACAGGCACGAUCAAGAACAACAUCAUCGAGCUCGACCGGUUUCGCACGACUCCUUCUACCCUGAUCCUCGCCAUGGGCUGCGCCGAGUUCGCGAGUGCCUUCUGGCUGCUGGCUGCUACAAAAGUUGGAUACCCGGUCUCCACAACGCAGACCAUCGUGGGAGCGCUCGUUGGUGUUGGUAUCGCCGCCCAAGCCCAGGUUUCCUGGGCCUGGAGUGACGGCAGCGUCUCCCAGAUCGCCGCAUCCUGGGGAAUUGCUCCCUGUAUCUCAGCUGCGUUUGCUGCCAUCUUGUUCGGCAGUCUCAAAUUCACCGUCCUGGAACGCGAGAACUCUUUCGAGAAGGCUAUGAAGGCUAUUCCUUUCUACUUGGCGUUCACGGCUGCCAUCCUCGCCCUCUUCAUCACUGUUGAGGCCCCUGGCGCACCGUCGCUUGAGGAGCUCGGCGCCGGUACAGUAUGCGGCAUCAUUCUCGGUGUCUUCUUCGGCAUCCUCCUCCUCUCUUACAUCUUCUUUGUACCCUACGUUCACCGAAGGCUCGUCAAGGAAGACACUCGAAUCCGUCUCCGCCACAUCUUCCUCGGCCCUCUGUUGUACAUGGAGAAUCCGCCAAUCUAUCUGCCCGCGAAAGGAAACGAAGUCGUCAUCGACUACUACGCAAGCGCGCACGAUGACUCCAACGUCACCAACGAAGCCGAUAUCGAGAAGCAAGCUGACAAGACCGAGGGCGGCAACGAUAGAGGCGAGAAGCUAGUCGGAAACGACAAUAACUCUGAUACCCCUUCUCCCGUUCCCAUGUCUCUCGAAGAUGUCGAGCGCGGCAAGAAAGGACCAGAAAAUCCAGCAGUUUUGCAGCCUUACCAGCGCAUGCCCGAGCCUGAAGAACGCUUCCUUGCUCCUACCGCCCACCUUCCCAUCCACAAUCCUAGACGUAUCUGGAGCUUCAUCAAGUACUUCUUCCUGCAGGGAGUCACCCGCGAUUGUGUCACCCACGCCUCAUCUCAGCUCGCCGCCAUCCACGGCAAGGCUAAGAAGUACGAUAACCGCGUUGAGCACCUAUGGACCUACGCCCAAGUCGCCAGUGCUAUGAUGAUGUCCAUUGCGCACGGUUCCAACGAUGUCGCCAACGCUGUCGGCCCCUGGGUUGCCGCUUACCAGGUUUAUAUGACUGGUGAAGUAAGCGAGGAGGGGGAAACUCCCAUCUGGAUCUUGGUUGUUGCCGGCUUUUUGCUCGGUGCGGGUUUCUGGUUCAUGGGUCACCACAUUAUCAAGGCUAUGGGCAACAAACUCACUCAGCUUUCACCCACGAGAGGUUUUGCUAUGGAACUCGGCGCUGCCAUUACCGUACUUUUGGCCAGUCGUCUCGGUCUCCCAGUCAGUACCACCCAGUGCUUGACUGGAGCCGUUAUUGGUGUAGCUCUGAUGAACUUUGACGUCGGCGCUGUAAAUUGGCGCCAAGUCGCUUUCAUCUUCUCCGGCUGGAUCGUCACAUUACCCUGCGCGGGUCUCAUCGGUGGCUUGCUGAUGGCGAUGUCGCUCAACACUCCUCAGUUCGGUCAGGGAUAA